AUGCUGCUCGGGGACCUGGUGCUCCGUCCAGGCUGCUGCUGGCCGUCGCUCCUGCUGCACUGCGCGCUCCACCCGCUCUGGGGCUUCGUGCAGGUGACUGAUGGUGAGCCUCAGAAGUCCUGCUCCAAGGUGACCGACAGCUGCCACCACAUCUGCCAGUGCCGGCCCCCCCCCCCUCUGCCCCCGCCGCCCCCGCCCCCACCGCCUCCCAGACUCCUCUCAGCCCCACCUCCCAACUCCACCUCGUGCCCCACUGAGGAGAGCUGGUGGUCGGGGCUGGUGGUCACCAUCGCGGUAUGCUGUGCCUCCUUGGUGUUCCUGGCUGUGCUGGUCAUCAUCUGCUACAAAGCCAUCAAAAGGAAACCUCUGCGGAAGGAUGAGAACGGCACUGGUGUCGCCGAGUACCCCAUGACCUCCACCCCGAGCAACAAAGGCGUGGAUGUGAACAACGCGGUGGUGUGA